AUGGCUAUCAAAGAUACGCUCGCCAAACUCACCAAGAGGGGAUCCAUGAUCAAGAGCCCCCCAUCGCUUGCUACCCCCACCACUGAUGGGAACACGGACGACACCAAUAGAACCAAUGGCACUGCCGCAAAUGGUACGAGGUUAAGAAAAGACGACGAGCCCAUCAACAACGAAAAGUCCGGCAGCUCACCUCGCUUCGUCAUCAUUGGAGCUGGUGCUCGUGGCUACGCUUAUGCCAGCACCAUCCACAAACUCACCAAUGGUGUCGUCGUUGCUGUUGCCGAGCCUCUCAAGUUUAGCCGCGAAAACCUGGGCAGCAAGUUCAUUUGGCAGGGCGAGGAGCCCAAAGAAGGCCAGUCAUUCCCUGGCUGGCGCGAGUACUUGGACUACGAAAUUGCCCGCCGCAAGCGUGUUGCCAAUGGCGAAGAGAAUGUCCCUCCGGGUGCUGAUGGCGCGUUUGUCUGCGUCCAAGAUGCAAUGCACGAGGCCGUCAUUGUCGGAUUGGCUCCUCUGAAUCUACAUAUCAUGUGCGAGAAGCCGCUCUCAACCACGCUUCAGUCCUGUCUCAAGAUGUACCAGGCCCUCAAACCCACCAUGGCCACCAAUGUCUUUUCCAUCGGGCAUGUUCUCCGCUACACUCAGCAUAACAUGCUUUUGAGGAAGCUGAUCGUCGAGGACAAGGUUAUUGGCGACAUUAGCAGUGUUGUACACACCGAACCGGUUGGAUGGUGGCACUUUACUCACUCCUUUGUUCGUGGCAAUUGGAGAAACGAUCAAACUUCCGGACCAUCCCUUUUGACAAAGAGCUGCCAUGAUAUCGACUUCCUUCUUUGGAUGCUUUGCUCUCCCGAGAAAGCUGGCCAGGGAGAGCCUCAUCUUCCCUCGAUGGUUUCUUCCCAGGGUGGUCUCAACUUCUUCAAAAAGACUCGCAAGCCUUCCGCUGCAGGGGAUGCGACCAACUGUAUGAAGUGCCCUCUGGGAGACUCAGGUUGCAAAUACUCGGCCAAGAACCUCUACAUCGGCCCUCAUCGGUAUAGCUUGGAGGGCGGCAACUUGAGCAUGCCCGUCAACAUUGUCGUCCAUGAUAUCGAGGACUACAAGACCAUGGAUGAGAAGAAAGCUGCCAUGACUAAAGCACUCGAGGCGGAUUGGGAUGAGUCCACUCCCAAAGCAGAGGUCGCCGCACGCCAGUGGUAUGGCCGCUGCGUCUUCGAAGCCGACAACAACGUCAACGACGAGCAGUUUGUCACUAUCUCCUUCCCCGAGACCAACAGGCCCGCCAAGCAGGUCACAUUCCACAUGGUCGCGCAGACCAAGAAGAUUUGCGAGCGCUUCACGCACUACUACGGUGACCAAGGCGAGAUUUACGCCGACGGCCACAAGAUCACGGUCGAGAACUUCGCCACCGGCGAGAAGACGGAUCACGACCCCAAGUACGUCGCCGGUGGGCACGGCGGUGGUGAUCAGGGCCUCACGGGCCAGUUUGUCGCCGCCUGCGAUGCCGUGAAGAACAAGGGAUGGGCUGCGGAGAAGGCGCAGAACGAGUUCAUUGGCUGUACGCUUGACGAGGCCCUCCGCAGCCACGCAAUGGUGUUUGCCGCCGAGGAGGCUCGCAAGGAGCAAAAGAUUCUGAACUGGCCGAAAUGGUGGAGUGAGAACGUCGGAGAGGGCUCUAAAUAA